AUGGCUGGUACUUACGACAACGAAGAGCAAAGAAUGGUCGAUAGAAUUAAAUGCAUCGCUUUUCGUGAAGCUCGCAAUGAGGGUGCAACAUUUAUUAAUCGACAAUGGAUUGCACAGAAAAUUCAUCGAACUACUCGAUUUGUUACUGAGUGGCGGGAGAAAUCAUAUGAUGAAUGUUUUGCUGAUUAUUCGAAAUCUGGUCGUAAACUGAAGUUAUCAGAAGCGAGUAGCGAUAUCAUUCUGAACGCCAGUGGCAAGCAAGGGAAAAGCUCUUAUAUUGUGGCGAAAGAAAUUGCAGAAAAGCAAAACGAAUAUGUUGUUCGAAAAACCAUCGAUAAUUAUCGUUCCAGAGAAGGACUAAAGCCUUUUCAUGUUAUUCCAAAACCGUUAAAAACAGAAACUCAUAUUUCUAAUCGAUUGUGGUUCUGCGAUUGGUUAAAAGACUGGACUGAAGAAGACUUUCUACACCUUGCGCCAUCAGAUGAAUUUUAUGUCUGGAUCGUUCGCAGACCAAAUUAUCAAAAUGAUCGAGUCUGGGCAAAAAGUAUUGAAGAUAUAGAAGACGAUGAAAGAUAUCGUGAAAUGGUUAAAAAUCAAGUGUGUAUUGGGAUUUUUGGGAUUUUUACUGCCAAAAAGUUACGUUGGGUUAUCAAAGACAAAGGUGAAUCUUGGACGGGCUAA